AUGUCGCAACAACUUCCGAUACGCUUUCAGGAGCAUUUACAGCUCACCAACAUCAACAUCAAUGCGAGCUCGAUCUCGUUCACCAAUCUGACGAUGGAGUCGGACAAGUUCAUCUGCGUCCGGGAGAAGGUGGGCGAGACGGCGCAGGUCGUUAUUAUCGACAUGAAUGACGCACAGAAUCCGAUCCGACGGCCGAUCAGUGCGGACUCGGCAAUCAUGAACCCGGCGAGCAAGGUGAUCGCUCUGAAGGCGCAGAAGACGCUGCAGAUCUUCAACAUCGAGAUGAAAUCGAAGAUGAAGGCGCACACGAUGACGGAAGAGGUCGUGUUCUGGAAGUGGAUCACCCUCAACACGCUGUCGCUGGUGACGGAAACGUCCGUGUAUCAUUGGUCGAUGGAAGGGGACUCGACGCCGAUCAAGAUGUUUGAGCGCCAUUCGUCGCUGAACGGCUGUCAGAUCAUCAACUAUCGUACCGAUCCGAAGCAAGCAUGGCUGCUGCUAGUUGGUAUUUCGGCACAGCAGAAUCGUGUGAUUGGCGCGAUGCAGUUGUACUCGGUAGAGCGCAAAGUUUCGCAAGCGAUCGAAGGUCAUGCCGCCUCGUUUGCCACCUUCAAGAUGGAGGAAAACAAGGAACUGUCGACGCUGUUUUGUUUCGCCGUCCGGUCGCAAACCGCUGCCAAACUGCACAUCAUUGAGGUUGGCACACCGCCGGCCGGCAAUGUGGCGUUUACCAAGAAGGCGGUCGAUGUGUUUUUCCCGCCGGAGGCACAAAGUGAUUUCCCUGUAGCGAUGCAGGUAUCGCCCCGGUACGAUGUGAUUUACCUGAUCACCAAGUACGGCUACAUCCACAUGUACGACAUCGAGACGGCGACCUGCAUCUACAUGAAUCGUAUUUCGGGAGAUACCAUCUUCGUGACGGCACCGCACGAAUCGAGCGGUGGCAUCAUUGGUGUGAAUCGCAAGGGUCAGGUGCUUUCGGUGACGGUCGACGAGGAGCAAAUCAUCCCGUACAUUAACACCGUGCUCCAGAAUCCAGACCUUGCGUUGCGUAUGGCGGUGCGGAACAAUCUGUCCGGUGCGGAAGACUUGUUUGUCCGUAAGUUUAACCAACUGUUCCAGAAUGGACAGUUCGCGGAGGCUGCGAAAGUGGCUGCGAUUGCACCGAAAGGAAUCCUGCGUACGCCGCAAACGAUCCAAAAAUUCCAACAGGUGCCGGCCCAGCCGGGAACGAACUCACCACCCUUGCUGCAAUAUUUCGGCAUUCUGCUCGAUCAGGGCAAGCUGAACAAGUACGAAUCGCUCGAACUGUGUCGCCCGGUAUUGGCGCAGGGCCGCAAGCAGCUUUGCGAGAAGUGGCUGAAGGAGGAGAAGCUUGAGUGCAGCGAAGAACUUGGCGAUCUGGUCAAACCGUCCGAUCCCACACUCGCUCUUUCCAUCUAUCUGCGCUCGAACGUACCGAAUAAGGUGAUUCAGUGUUUCGCCGAAACAGGCCAGUUCCAGAAGAUUGUACUAUACGCGAAGAAAGUCAACUACAGUCCGGAUUACGUGUUCCUGUUGCGUUCGGUGAUGCGGACGAAUCCGGAGCAGGGCUCUGGGUUUGCGAGCAUGUUGGUAGCGGACGAGGAACCGUUGGCUGACAUCAACCAGAUCGUGGACAUCUUCAUGGAGCAGAACAUGGUACAGCAGUGUACGGCGUUCCUGCUCGAUGCUCUCAAGAACAACCGUCCCGCGGAAGGAGCACUGCAGACGCGUCUGCUCGAAAUGAACCUCAUGUCGGCACCGCAGGUCGCCGAUGCUAUACUUGGCAAUGCCAUGUUUACGCACUACGAUCGUGCACACAUCGCGCAGCUGUGCGAGAAGGCCGGUCUAUUGCAGCGCGCACUGGAACACUAUACCGAUCUGUACGAUAUUAAGCGUGCGGUCGUCCACACUCAGCUGCUGAACGGUGACUGGUUGGUAGGAUUCUUCGGCACACUCUCAGUGGAGGAUUCGCUCGAGUGUUUGAGGGCGAUGCUGACUGCAAACAUUCGUCAAAAUCUGCAGAUCUGUGUACAGAUUGCGACCAAGUACCACGAGCAGCUGACAACCAAGGCUCUGAUCGAUCUGUUCGAGAGCUUCAAGAGCUACGAAGGGUUGUUCUAUUUCCUGGGCUCGAUUGUAAACUUCAGCCAAGAUCCGGAGGUGCACUUCAAAUACAUUCAGGCCGCUUGCAAGACCAAUCAGAUUAAGGAGGUGGAGCGUAUCUGUCGCGAGUCGAACUGUUACAACGCGGAGCGCGUGAAGAACUUCCUGAAGGAGGCAAAGCUGACCGAUCAGCUACCGUUGAUCAUUGUGUGCGAUCGGUUCGAUUUCGUGCACGACUUGGUGCUCUAUCUGUACCGCAACAGUCUGCAGAAGUACAUUGAGAUCUAUGUGCAGAAAGUGAAUCCGUCGCGAUUGCCGGUGGUCGUAGGAGGUCUGCUGGAUGUCGACUGCUCGGAGGACAUUAUAAAAAACUUGAUACUGGUCGUAAAGGGACAGUUCUCCACGGAUGAGUUGGUAGAGGAGGUGGAGAAACGUAACCGUUUGAAGUUACUGUUGCCGUGGCUGGAAUCGCGCGUUCAUGAAGGAUGCGUUGAGCCGGCGACGCACAAUGCACUCGCUAAGAUCUACAUCGAUUCGAACAACAAUCCGGAGCGUUUCCUGAAGGAGAAUCAGUUCUAUGAUAGCCGAGUAGUAGGACGCUACUGUGAGAAGCGCGAUCCGCAUCUGGCGUGCGUUGCGUACGAGCGUGGCCAGUGCGACCGUGAGCUGAUCGCGGUUUGCAACGAAAAUUCUCUGUUUAAGUCAGAGGCCCGCUAUCUGGUGCGCCGCCGUGAUGCAGAAUUGUGGGCGGAAGUCCUCUCCGAGGCGAAUCCUUACAAGCGUCAGCUAAUCGAUCAGGUCGUCCAGACUGCCUUAUCAGAGACGCAAGAUCCGGACGAUAUCUCUGUUACUGUGAAGGCAUUCAUGACGGCUGAUUUACCAAACGAGCUAAUCGAGCUUUUGGAGAAGAUCGUGCUUGAUUCAUCGGUGUUCUCCGAUCAUCGUAAUUUGCAAAAUCUACUUAUUUUGACGGCAAUCAAGGCGGAUCGUAGCCGCGUUAUGGAUUAUAUCAAUCGUUUGGACAACUAUGAUGCACCUGAUAUUGCUAACAUUGCUAUCAAUAACGAACUGUACGAGGAGGCAUUUGCGAUAUUCAAAAAGUUCGACGUCAACACUUCGGCUAUUCAGGUGCUGAUCGAGCAGGUGAACAAUCUGGAGCGUGCGAACGAAUUUGCAGAGCGCUGCAAUGAACCGGCCGUGUGGUCACAGUUGGCUCGUGCCCAGCUUCAGCAAGGGCUGGUGAAAGAAGCGAUCGAUAGCUACAUCAAGGCGGAUGAUCCGAGCGCCUACAUUGAUGUGGUCGAAACGGCCAGCAAGAAUGAUUCGUGGGAGGAUCUGGUACGCUAUCUGCAGAUGGCACGUAAGAAGGCCCGCGAGAGCUACAUUGAAAGUGAGCUGAUCUACGCGUAUGCCCGUACCGGUAGGUUGGCCGAUCUGGAGGAAUUCGUGUCGGGACCGAACCAUGCCGACAUUCAGAAGAUCGGCGAUCGUUGCUUCAACGAUCGUAUGUACGAGGCGGCGAAGCUGUUGUAUAACAACGUAAGCAACUUUGCACGGCUCGCCAUCACGUUGGUGCAUCUGCGCGAGUUCCAGGGUGCUGUGGAUGGGGCCCGUAAAGCCAACUCUACACGCACCUGGAAGGAGGUGUGCUUCGCCUGCGUAGACGCGGAAGAGUUUCGUCUGGCGCAGAUGUGUGGCCUUCACAUUGUGGUACACGCGGAUGAGCUGGAGGAUCUGAUCAACUACUAUCAGGAUCGGGGAUACUUUGAGGAGCUGAUUGGGCUGUUGGAGGCCGCCCUUGGACUGGAGCGGGCGCACAUGGGCAUGUUCACCGAGUUGGCAAUUCUGUACUCGAAGUACAAACCGGCCAAGAUGCGUGAACAUCUCGAGCUGUUCUGGUCGCGCGUAAACAUUCCGAAGGUACUGCGUGCCGCCGAACAGGCGCACCUUUGGUCGGAGCUCGUGUUCCUGUACGACAAGUACGAGGAGUACGAUAAUGCCGUGUUGGCCAUGAUGGCACAUCCGUCCGAGGCGUGGCGUGAAGGUCAUUUCAAGGAUAUCAUCACGAAGGUGGCUAACAUCGAGCUGUAUUACAAGGCGAUACAGUUCUAUCUGGACUAUAAGCCGCUGUUGCUGAACGAUAUGCUGCUCGUGCUGGCACCCCGCAUGGAUCACACCCGUGCGGUCAGUUUCUUCACCAAACAGGGUCAUCUGCAGCUGGUCAAAACCUACCUGCGCUCGGUCCAGAGCCUCAACAACAAGGCAAUCAAUGAAGCACUCAACGGAUUGUUGAUCGACGAAGAGGACUAUCAGGGUUUGCGGACAUCCAUCGACGCGUUCGACAACUUUGACAACAUUGCGUUGGCGCAGAAGCUCGAAAAGCACGAGCUUACAGAAUUCCGUCGCAUUGCCGCCUACCUGUACAAAGGAAACAACCGCUGGAAACAAAGUGUGGAGCUGUGCAAAAAGGACCGUCUUUUCAAGGACGCAAUGGAAUACGCGGCCGAGUCCCACCAGGGCGAGUUAGCGGAAGAGUUGCUCGGAUGGUUUUUGGAACGGGGCGCAUACGAUUGCUUCGCGGCAUGCCUAUUCCAGUGCUACGAUUUGUUGCGGCCCGAUGUAAUACUAGAACUCGCAUGGCGUCACAACAUCAUGGACUUUGCGAUGCCUUAUAUUAUUCAGGUGACGAGAGAAUAUACCUCCAAGGUGGACAAACUCGAAGCGUCCGAUGCGGAACGACAGAAGGAGGGUGAAAGUACCGAACACAAAUCGAUCAUCAUGCCCGAACCGCAGCUCAUGCUGACAGCUGGCCCCGGUAUCGGCAUGCCUCAGUAUGCGCCACAGUACGCUGGUGCGUACGUGCCGCCGCAACCAAAUAUGACCCCAUACCAGUACGGUGGUAUGUAAAAUUGCACG